CAAACGUGAACACAGAAAACGAGGAACCAUUAAAGUGAGCGAUAUUAAAAAUGAUGGAAUGGAAAUCAACAAACCUAUAGUUAACAGCGAUCUCUUUCAAGCCCUUUUUCCUGCUUAUCAUAUCAGCAAGGUGUUUGGUUUAUGUCCAGUACGUUUCACGAAACAAGCGCAUGACCGAUAUCAAUGUCGUUUAGAAAUUAUCGAUGUAAUUUACAGCAUAUUUCUUUUUGGAGUUAUCAUGGGUGCAGAAGCUUGGGGUCUAUGGCGAGAAAUGAAAGAUGGCUGGGUAAACAGUACAAGAUUAAAAUCUCGUUCAGCUGUAAUACCAACUGCUAGCGAUAUACUUGGUGUAAUAAUACAAGCUACUAUUGCUAUAUUAGGUUCACCAUUUCGUUGGAAAAACGGGCAGAUUAUUCUUAACAAUUUAGCUGAGAUCGACGAAACGUUGGGUAUCAUUGCACCGAAGAAAACCCGAAGAUAUACCAUUAUCCUAGUUACUUGCGCUCUUACCUACAUCAUGAUUAUUUCGGGUCUCGACACGUAUUGGUGGAAUCGCGAUUCAAAGACUAAUAAAAAAAUGAAGAACAAAGGUGCAAUCAACUACAUGCCACUUUAUAUCAUGUAUAUGAUUAUCGUUGCAUUGGAAAUCCAAUAUAGUAUUAUCACAUACAACGUGAGUGAAAGAUUUGUGAGACUUAAUAAAUGUCUCGAAGGUAUUGUGAAGUCAGGCAAAGUGACCGAUCAUUUUAGGAAAGAUCUUGGCUUGGCUGGUGAUUUUCAAAAUCGUGAACAACCAGCUUCGUACAUUCGUAUAUCCAAAACUUUGGAAUGGAACCCUGUUGGAUUUGAAACGAAGAAUUUUGCAAAUAACAUAGCACAAUUGGUGACGGUGCACUCGUCUCUAUGCGACACGGUUUCUUUUAUAAAUAAUUCUUUUGGUCUUGUCAUGCUAGUGGUUACACUCUCCUGUCUCUUACAUCUGAUUAUUACACCAUAUUUUCUAAUAGUAGAGAUCAGUGGAGGUCGUCAAUUGUUGUAUCUGAUAAUUCAAUCUAUGUGGAGUAUCUUACACAUCGCGCGAAUGUUUAUAAUCAUACAACCGGCAUAUUUUGCUGUCGUUCAGGCAAAAAAGACGGCCAUUCUCGUUAGCCAAUUGCUUUCUUCUAAUCCAAACGCGGAAUGUAAGAAACACUUGGAAAUUUUUUCACUUCAAUUACUGCAUCGACCUUUGGACUUUACUGCUUGUGGACUUUUUUCCUUAGAUAGAUCCCUUUUCACUUCGAUUGCCAGCGCGGUUACGACGUAUCUCGUAAUUCUCAUACAAUUUCAAAAGGAAGAUAAUACGAAAGACAAUGUUGAUAACAUCUUGAAAAAUGCUACACAAAUGUUGAAAAACGUCUCGACUCUCAGCAAUCUCACAGCGAUCAGACAAAAUGCAUUUAAUCAAACAUAAUUUUCUUAUAGUUUUGUUUUCUUUUUCCAUUUUCUUU